ACACUUAAAGAAACUUCGUAACUGCUAAAACAUUUCUAGAACGUUUUCAAAUCACUAAUUACAGUCUACACCGCAGGUACUUAAUUCGUACCUUUAAGUACUCCCUAUCUUUACGCAACCGAUCUCGAAAUGAGUAACUUUCCAAUACCUGAUAACUACGAAAGUCCUAAAAAUAGCGCAUUACACACAAACACAAUAGUAGGGUAAGUACCGAGUACUCCACACAUCGAGAUGAUUUUACUACUUCUUCUGCCCCUCCUCAUGACGCAAUCGUCAUCUCAAGAUUGUUCCAUGAACGUCGCCGCCCCCAAGGCCCCCUUCAUCCUCGACAACGGUUACAACUUUCCCACGUACGACGGUACUCACUCCAUCAACUUCAAACACAACGAAACCUUCUACGUGUCCUGCCCUAAGGGUACCACCAGCUCGUACCUGUCCAAAGAUGGCGAUCACGUGCGAUGCCUAAGCGGUACCACCAUCCUCAACCUGGUAACAGGCGAAGAAGUGGAUUUUGCGUCCAUCAAAUGCAAAUCCACCCCGGUCACAAGCGUGCGAAAGUUGGACGAAAAGUGCGUCAACAACAACUCGCUAAUCGAAAUAGGGUUUGAAAUGAAUAAGAACUUCGUUACGAUGAUGACGGUUUGCUUCGACGAUGUUAAGUUGGUACCGUUCUACUGCAAAUAUAGUAGUAUUGUUGCUAACUUUGGUGAAAGAAGAUCGGUGUUCAGCGGAAGCGACUUUUAUCGAAGCUACGUUUGUAGCGAGAAUGAGUGCGAGUUCGUCGAUAGUGGUACCAUGUACCCCUACAUCAAUCUAGACGGUUUGUACGACAAGCAGAGACAGAUUUUGGGGAAUUUGGGUGUCGUUGUGGAUAAGAGUUUGUUGCGGCUUCCUCUAACCACGGAUGUGUUGGGGCUCACGAAAUUGGAGAGCGUGCAACAGAUCAAGGUUGCGCCGUUUUUUGAUUAUGUUAAUGUGGUACCGGCUUGGGAUGCCGAGGAUAGUCUCGAUUUCUGGAUUAAUUUGCUCAUGACGGAGAUAAUGCGAGGGGAUAGGGAGGUUUUGUACACAGGAUCUUUAGGGGUGCUUAGUCUGACAAACGGGGACGACAAAGAAGUGGAGAUAUUUUUGAGCAAUAGUAGGGUACCUGUGCCGAAGUGGAUCUGGAUGGUUUGGAAAUUUGGGGAAGAUUGCCACCAGAGUAUAGUCUUUCUUUAUAAUCAUCCUUACGAACACGUUGGUACGAAAAGUGGAGAAGUGUGUAGUAGCUAUGAGGUACUAUACAGCAGUUUUAUUAUUUCGUGCGCGUUCGAAGAUGUCGUGGACCCAGAAAUGAAGGAGUUUAUUACAAAUAUGAAAUAAAGUAGUACCAUAUAUUUAGUU